UUGAAAGAACAGGAAGGAAAGAUGGCGGCGAAGAACGGAAAGGGAGGUUUAUUGGAGAAGUGGAGGAUUGAUGAGAAACCUGUGAAAAUUGACAAAUGGGAUGGAGCUGCUGUCAAGAAUGCUCUUGAUGAUGCAGCCAAAAAGGUUCUCUUGGAGAAGUAUGGCUAUGUAGAGAACUUCAACUUGGUUGAUGGACGGCUCUUUAUUUGUACAGUUUCUUGCCUCUUUGCAAUUGUAGCCUUAGUGUGGGAUUACCUUUACCCCUUCCCUGAGUCCAAACCAGUCCUGGCAUGUUGUGUCAUCUCUUAUUUUAUCAUGAUGGGUGUGCUCACUUUGUAUACAUCUUACAAGGAAAAAAGCAUUUUUCUGGUUGCUGUUCAGAAAGAUCCAGCUGGCAUGGAUCCCGACAAUGUGUGGCAGCUUACAUCCAGUUUGAAAAGGUUUGAUGACCAGUACUCUCUCCGAAUCACUUUCAUUGAUGGCAAAUCCAAGCGAAAACGGGAGAUGGAAUUCAAAAAGUCUGUAGGGACUUUCUUUGAUGAAAAUGGAACCUUGGUUAUGGACCAGUUUGAAAAAAAUGUCUCAAAACUCCAUGACACUUUGGCAACGGAGAAAAAGACAAAGUAGGAAGUAGCAGGGACUCAACAUGGUGGCUGCCUGAUAAAGGCCCUGCAAAAUAAAUUUACAACAGCAGAUGUGAAAUGUGUUGUGUAGUUUUUGAUGCAUUUUGUAUACACUUCAAACACUUAAAUCUCCAUUUCUUCCUAGUGUUUUUGUCCUCCUUCCAAAAUUCCAAAUGUAAUUGUCCUGUCACUGCAGCAGGUGUCAGACAAAUGUAGGUUCUCAUUCUCAUAUACUGUUUUGAUAUUUGGUUUAAAUAGACUUGAAGCAUUUGGAAAGAACAUUUGUAUAUAGAAUGUAACUCUAGGAUAAUGUCACAGUUCAGAGAGCUUUAUUACAAUUUAGGUGUAAAAUGUUCAGCUAAUUAAAAUAUCCAAGUAUAUGCCAGUUUUCAAAACAUUUUGUGUAGUAAACAAUUUGGUGACAAUUCUUACACAGCUUGCAAUUUAGAUUUAUUAUUAUCCUCAAAAGCCUAUAUGCUGUGGAUUAUUUGUUUUAAUUGCAGAGUGGCUAUUUGAACAUUUCUCAAACUGAAUUUUUAUAUCUAUCCAUUCAAAUCCAUGCUUUAUGCCAAAAAAGUACUUUCCAUGAAAUUUAUACAAUUAAGUCAUUUUUAUGUGUUAUGUCCUAAAGGCCUUCUUGGGCGUUAUUGUCUGUUGCAUUGAACAAGCUGUGCUGUGUUAGUCAUUUCUUUACAUGAAGUAUUGUGUUUUAUUUUUAGGUAUGGAUCAAACGGUAAAAAGAAGACUUAGUAAUAUUUUAAAGUGCUUUGGAGAAAAGUUUCAGCUAAAUGAAUAAAUGAUAUAUCCUCUCUUGGUUUAUAGAAAUCAGGGAUGUUUAUUUAAAUAUUUUCCUUUUAGACACAGAUAAUUGUUUCAUGACUACAUACUUAUAUUUUUUAACAUAAGUUAUGUAAUCCACAGAGAAUGCACAAAUGCAUGUCUGUGGAUUUCCUAAAUUUAUACUUGUGGUCUAUACAGGACUUCUGAGUUCUUUAGUUUUUCAUACAUUAUUCAUACAUGAGGAUGGGUUUUUCCAUUGUAGUGUGAAAUUCUCAGUUGUCCAGUCAAUUUUGCAUUGUUGUUUUUAGCUUACUUUUACCCCAACUUUAUGUGCUUCUGCUUCACUAUGUACAAAUAAAGCAAAUGGAUUUCUUCAUA